AUGGCCUCACAUAGCACGGGCGCGGAUGCGAGGCCCUCCCGGAACAGCGACGAUGAGGAAGCUUCAAGGAGAUCUCGAGCUCGCGUCUCACGCGCUUGUACACGAUGUCGGACUCGAAAAGACAAGUGCGACGGCCUCCAGCCGCAGUGUUCAAACUGCGCCAGCGCCGGCCAACCUUGUAUAUAUGUCGCAGCAACCAAGAAACGAGGACUCCCAGAGGGUUAUGUUCGUGGCUUGGAGAAAUUGUGGGCUGUGAUGCUACAGAAGGUUGAUGGUCUUGACAAAGCUGUGCGUCGUGUGGUCGAUGAGCGCGAGGAUGAAUUGCUGCAUAUAUGGAACCACCACAAGUUUGGCGACGAGCUCCACACAGUCUGGAAGGACUCCAGCGUACUCGCAGACUUGGAAAAGCUGUUGUCGCGCAUAGAUCACGGCCCUCAGCAGGAUUUGAAGAGGAAACGGGACAGAGAGGACAGCGAGGUGUUACCAGCCUUGACCAGCAGUCCCGAAAAGACACUCGCAUUGACACCCGACUUCAAGGUUACAGGUAUAUCGGCAACUACUCGGUUGACCGAACCAGCUCGCAGCGGGCUGUCUGAUCAAUGGCUUGGGCAGCGGCCGCAGACCGAACCCAGUGCUACCAACUUGGAGCCGCCAACAACGGUGGACUUGAACCUAGGAAGGCCACCGAUUCCAUGGUUGUUAUCAAGCGACCUGGGAUCGGAGAGGGUACCACUGCCACCAUCCGCUCCAAUGCUCCUUGACCAGUAUUUUACCUACACUCACUGUUGGUUUCCCAUCCUAGACAGACCGUACGUACUACGGAAGUUCUACGAGCACACCAGGCCAAAAAACCCCGUUCAGUUGGACAGUGGCGACCUUGCGUGCCUAUGGGCUAUCUGUGCCUACUCACAGCAGCAAACAAAGCAUCUGGGGUUACAACCCAGCCUAGGACCUAGUGCUUCUGUUGCCAACAUGCGUGCCCGCGCAAGGGACCUGAUACCACCGGAUAGUGGGCCGUUCGCAAUCAGCCAUGUGCAAGCACUCUUGCUACUUGUCCUCCUCGACGUGGGACUCGGUGACUGGACGUCUGCCUGGAUGCUGACCGGGUAUGCAGUGCGCGCCCUUCUCGAUGCACGAGAGACUCAUUUUUCCCAACAGCAUGGCAGAAUGCUUACGAGCGCUGCUUCUGUUCUCGCCGGGCCGGGAAACGUUGCAGGCGCCCACUCACAGUCAACGGGUGUUAAGCAGCAAAGGUGGCAGGCGGUACUGCAAGGUUGUUUCAUCUUGGAGUCGGUGGUUUCCCUCCGGCUAAGAAGAAUUCCACAUCUUCGACGUAGCCAAUUCAAUACGGACUUUGUGCAACUUAUCGACGAGGACGGGCACGACGAAUGGGAGCCUUGGCUCGUGAACAGCGGUGAUAGGCCACCGUCUCACGAACCAGCUUUCGCCAUCAGCUGUUUCAAUAGGUUGACGGAGCUUUGUGCAAUUGCUAAUGAGGCCACAGACAUCAUUUGCUACGGCGCAGAUCCGGGGGCAUCAUCGGCGCAACAGGUCUGGAACCAAUUGCAUGCGCUUUCCGAGCGAUACUGCUUCUCAGUUGCAGAGGUAGAGCGACGUCCACCGCAUCAGAUGCUCUUGCAAGCAUGUCAUUUCAUUGUUGAAUCAGCUCUCCUCCAAACGACCCAUGAUGUGCCGCAACACCCAGCACCGGAAUGUCGUAAAAUCCUCAAGCUCUUUGAUCAGUCCUGGAACCUGCCUGACAAAUGUGGUAUCCCGUCGAUUCUAGCGGCAUUUUGUCAGCUGCUCGGCCCUUCCGCGAUUUGGGGGAAUUCCGUCGAAACGUCAUCAAGAUUGUCAACUUCAUGGCCUGGCUUCCGAUCUUCCAAUGCUGCUGCUAUCGAUUCGACAACAGCUAGGCCGCCUAGUCUAUCGGCCCACACUUCUGGCUCUGUGAACAGCCCUCUGCUUCCAAUCUCUCCUUUCGGUUUCCAAUCGAAUCCGACGCUUCUUGAUUCGACCAUACGCAAUACAGAGCGGCCGGUAUCAGUUGGUUAUCAGGGAGGAACGCGCUAUAACAACACAUUUCAUCUACAACAACAAACUGGGCCCGCAGCAAGUGAUUAUGGACGUAUGAGUAUCGACAUACCGGGUCAAGACCAGAUGGAUGUUGGCUUGGAGAAACAGAUGGCCGUGGGGUCGGGUACAUCACCUAGCUUUAAUGGCGAUGAGAUUGACGCUCUGUUCCAUGAGAUGGCUCAACUUGACACAACCCAGUGGACUAUGGACCGGACGCAAGGGUUGAAGGACUUUGGCUUUACGGACGAUUCGACUUUCCAAGCUUUCUGUAAUGAUCCCGAUCGCCUCAUGUUGUCAGAGGGGUACAUGGGCCCGGCAUUCAAUGGCGGUAGUCUGGCAUCUGGAGGCCAGGGUGCGGCCGCGAGGGGUGCUGAUGCUCAGCUUGGGGGAAUGUCGUUCGAGGACAUCUUCCGGUAG